UGGGCAGUCCGAUGCCCAGGGUCCGUCUUGGCGUCGGUCUCCUGGCGGCCUUGGUAGCGGGCGGCACAGUCGUCCUGCUCAGCUACUGUGUCUACCUGGACUGGAGGCGGCACCGAGACCCCUCAUUUCGUCGCCGCCUGCGGGACAAGAGAAGAGCUGGACAGCCCAAGGCCCAGGCGCCCGCCAGGCAGUUAUGGGAUCCAUUAAAGAAGGAAGAACUACAAGAAUAUUUUUUGCGAGAGGUGCAGAUGGGAAAACUUUGUUUAAUUAGAGGAGAGAGUGGAAUGGGCUUUGAACAUCUCACCAAUGCCCUUUUAGUGUGUGGACAACCAAAGGAGCUUCUGCUGUUUUUCAAAAAAACACUCCCUCCUGAAGUUUUUCAGAUGCUAUUGUACAGAAUUCCCCUUAUUUGCCAGCAACUCGAGGAGACAUGCACAAGCAUGAAGCACUUGAAGGAUGAUCCCGACUGAAAACAUCUCAGCGCAUCCCAGUCCGAGUACCGUGCUCUGUACAGUAAAGACAACUGCUCAAUGAUACUCUCAUUUAUUUACUUUUAGUAAUAAAUCUUUUCUACCUCAUA